CACCGAUAAAGUGGAGUCAACUACUCAGCGUAUCUACCGAAUGAACUUAUAUUAAGACCGUAUCAUAAAGAGAGAAUCGCCCAGUCAGCGAUGUGGCUUUACGCAGCAGCCAUUGCAAGCUACAUCGGUAUAUUUGCCGGUAGUACUCCCUACGGAUGGAGUUCACCGGCAAUACCCAUGUACCGGAAGCCGGAUUCACCGGUCCAAAUUUCUGAGGAUGAGGGGGCCUGGAUUGCCUCGAUGUUUAUGCUGGGCUGUGCCAUGGGUCCUCUUAUGACCCUAGUGAUUGCUCAUAUAGCUGGUAGGAAAACUCUCCUGAUAGCUGCUAGUGUACCAUGGUUCAUAGGCUGGGCGAUGAUUGUGUUUGCUCGGACUCCAGCGGAACUCCUGAUUGCCCGGCUGAUCUCCGGAACCGGCACAGGAACGUGUUUUGCAGUUCUGCCGAUGUACCUGGGUGAAAUAUCUCCACCCAAAAUCCGUGGAAUCCUUCUAACCGCGAUAAUGAUGGCAUCAAGAGUUGGCAUAUUAUUUUCCUACAUCCUAGUUCCCCUAGUGUCACUCCAAACAAGUGCUCUUGUGUCACUUUUACUGCCCAUUCCCUUCGUCUGCUGUUUCAUUUGGCUGCCAGAAUCACCGUACCACUUCAUGCGUCGUGGACGUCGUGAUGAUGCUUCCAAAGCUCUGACGAUCCUCCGCGGUACCAAGGACAUUCACACAGAAUUAAACACGAUUGAGACAUCAGUGAAAGCCGAAAUGGCUAAUAAUGGUGGAUUGGGACAGAUUUUCUUUGUUCCUGGUAACCGCAGAUCAAUGACAGUUGGCGCUGUACUAGGAUUGAUUCAACAGUUGUCAGGUUCGCAAGCGAUUAUGAUGUACACACAAUCAAUAUUUGACCAAGCAAAUGUUGGACUGGAGGGCAAAUAUCUGGCUAUAAUCUUGGGUAUUAUACAGAUAAUUUGCACUGGUUUGUGUGCUGUGAUUGUGGAUAGAAAUGGACGACGUCCAUUAUUACUAUUCUCGUGCAUUGGAUCACUGAUAUCAACAGGGGCUGUUGCAACAUAUUUCAAUCUUCAAGCGUCAAAAAUCAGUACCAGUUCGAUUGAAUGGCUACCAGCAACUGGAUGUAUGUUUUAUGUUGUAUUUUAUUCACUUGGUCUUGCACCAUUACCAACAACUGUAAUGGGUGAGCUAUUUCCAACGAACAUAAAAUCACUUGCCUGUGUGAUUGUCGUUUUCAUUGCCAACUUUACUGGUUUCGUUGUUGGGAAAACUUAUCAGCUUAUCAGCCAUUCUAUGGGUACCCACGUUGCUUUCUGGCUGUUUACCUUUUUCAAUGUGCUCGGUACUAUUUACAUUUGGUUCUGUGUACCUGAAACUAAAGGGAAAACUCUGCAGGAAAUUCAGGCGGAGUUGCAUCACAAAAAGGGUGAAAGUGAUAAAAAAAUACCGGCGUAAAACCAACGAGUGAGUGGUGAAUGAUUAUUUUUUUACUUAAAUGACAUUGUUGUGGUUAUUGUUGAGUGUUAACGAUGGAUGUGGUGUGGAUGAUUUAGGUAUUAAGAUCGAAAGUGGUCUCGUGAAUGACUGAUUUUUCCGGUAGAAAAAUUCUUGGCCAAACUCGGGUGAAGAUCUUUCGAAAAUCUUCGGAAGAAUCAUCGAAAGAUCUUCGGAAAAUUCUCCCGCUGGCUUGAAAAAAUUCUGUGGAAUAUUCUCCAACGUCAAAUGCAGAAUAUCUUCAGAGUGAAAUAUGAUCUUCUGAGAAUCUUCCAAAGAAUAUUUUCGGGUCACCAGGGAGAUCUUCCGAGGAUCGUUGGAUUAUUCGUUAGAACUUUAAUAAGAGAGCUUCGACCGACAGGAAUUUUUCUACGCGGGAAGUGAUGCGGUAGUAAGUGCUUGUGUAAUUUGCGAAAUGAUUGGUUUUACGUUUUAUUACAUUCAAAGUUAAUGAGUGAACAAACACUAGACUGUGAAUAAACCCUAGUCUGUGCUGGGGCAUUGUCAUGCAAUUAUUUUCUAAAAUAUUGUACCGUGAUGAUUCAAUUGAUAUUAAACUUCGUAUGAAAAUGGAAAA